AUGUCGCCAUCACUUGAAAUCAUAUCACUGCAAGACGUUGUCGCAACAAACGACAAUUCGAAAAAAGACGCAGCACUCAAGACCAACCAGCCCACUUCACCGAGAAGAGAUGAGGCGUACUCCACAUUUCCAAAAUCUACUCGCACCUACCUAGCCUACAUUCUCGGCGUCAUCCAACUAAUUUCCACCUUAACAACAACGAUUUACUUCCCGUUGAUACCAACACUCAGUACCGAAUUCUCUGUCUCCAUCCAGGCCAUUAACUUGACAGUGACUGUAUAUGCCAUCUGCCAGGCCAUAUCACCAGGAAUAUUCGGUUCAUUGGCAGACUCAUAUGGUCGACGGCCCGUACUAUUGGCGCUCGUCACCACAUACACUCUUGCGAGCCUAGGUCUAACGCUCAACAAGAGCAGCUAUUCGGUACUAAUGAUACUGCGAGCAUUGCAGAGUAUCGGCGGAUCGGCAACAGUACCAAUUGCUUACGGAAUCGUGGCUGACGUCGCGGUUGUGUCGGAGCGAGGAGGCAUGUUGGGACCAAUGUUAUCGACUUGCAAUGGUAUAUCUGCAUUCGGGCCGGUUAUCGGUGGAGCGCUGGCCAUGAAGUCUACGGGGCAUAUGGGCGUAUUUAUGGCUUUGCUUGGGAUCGCCAUCUUGUGUCUUCUCCUUGUUGGAUUUGUACUACCAGAGACGUCAAGGUAUAUCGUUGGGAAUGGAUCUAGGCCUGCGACUGGAAUCUGGUGUACUUGGGUAUCUUUUCUCAUUCGAGAGCACAGGAAUCAACCCGUAGCGACUGUUCAAGAUCGACGUCCGACGCCAAAGCCUAGUCAGACUUUCCGGAGGAUUUUCGAUUCUAUACGCAUUAUUUGGCAUCCGGACGCCGCUGUGAUUCUCUGGACGGUAGCUUCUUCCUACGGUAUCUACUAUACCUUCCAGGUCGCCCACUCUGUCAUAUUCAAAGAGCUGUAUGACUACAACGAGUUGCAAAUCGGGUUGAGUUUCCUCCCCGCGCUGGCCGGUAUGACCAUCGGCGGCACAAUAGCUGGAAAGCUUAUGGACAUCAACUACGCGCAUCAUGCACCUCAGGCUGAGGUGGUUGACGAAGCGAAUGUACUAGAUUUUCCAAUCGAAAGCGCCCGUUUCCGGAACAUGAUACCAAUCAUACUCGCCGAGAUGGCACUUGUAACGGGCUAUGGUUGGGCAGUGCAACACAACACACACCCUGCCGUUCUUCUCGUCUUGGAAUUCUUCAUUUCCGCCCUAGCUACAAUGCUAAGCCAUACUGCGAACGCGCUGCUCGUGGACGUUUUCCCCGAAGUACCGAGCACUGCGUAUGCGUCAGGUCAGCUUGCGCGAGGCGGAUUCAGCGCUGCUUCUGCGGCCAUCAUCGAUCCACUAGUGCGUUCUGUGGGUCACGGAUGGUAUUUUACUAUUUUCGCAGGAUUUACUGGAGCUGGGUGUUUGGCGUCCCCACAAAUCACAAUGACUUCAUUUGACGCAUACACCGAUCGCGCAGCGAAAGCUCUAGCAGACAGCUUCGAUUUAGCUAAGGGCUAUGCGCACUCACAACUCACACCCAUCCACCUCGCCGUAUCGCUUAUAGAUCCACCCAAGGACCUGGCGAACCAAGUCGACGUACCACCGCCGCCGCUAUUCAAGCAAGUCCUUGAACGCGCAAAUGGCGACCCUCAACUCUUCGAGCGCAACCUCAAGAAGGCUAUGGUACGGUUACCAAGCCAAGAUCCUCCACCAGAGCGUACUUCACCUUCGCCCGCGAUGGCCAAGGUGCUUCGCGCUGCAGAAGACUUAAGCAAAACACAAAAAGAUAGCUUCAUUGCUGUCGACCAUCUCAUCCAGUCUCUCUGCCAGGAUGCUCAAUUACAACGAAUCCUCGCCGAGUCGAACGUGCCGAACGUCAAGCAGAUCGACAAUGCUAUCCAAGCACUUCGAGGCACAAAGCGGGUGGACUCCAAGACGGCAGAUGCCGAGGAGGAGAACGAGAACCUGAAGAAGUUCACUAUCGAUAUGACAGCAAUGGCACGAGAGGGCAAAAUCGACCCAGUCAUUGGUCGAGAAGACGAGACACGCAGAGUCAUCCGCAUCUUGACUCGACGAACCAAGAACAACCCAGUCCUCAUCGGAGAACCUGGUGUUGGUAAGACUACAGUCGUCGAGGGUCUUGCCCGCCGUAUUGUCGAUGCGGAUGUACCGGCCAACCUCGCAGCCUGCAAGCUGCUCUCUCUCGAUGUCGGUGCUUUGGUUGCUGGCAGCAAGUACCGCGGAGAGUUCGAAGACCGCAUGAAGGGCGUUUUGAAGGAGAUCGAGGAGUCAAAAGAGAUGAUAGUAUUGUUCGUUGACGAAAUCCAUCUUCUCAUGGGCGCUGGCUCUUCCGGAGAGGGCGGCAUGGACGCUGCCAACUUGCUGAAGCCUAUGCUGGCUCGUGGACAGCUUCACUGUAUUGGUGCGACCACCCUGGGCGAGUACCGGAAGUACAUUGAGAAAGACGCUGCAUUCGAGCGUCGUUUCCAACAGGUUCUCGUCAAGGAGCCAUCGAUUCCCGAGACCAUCUCCAUUCUUCGUGGUCUCAAGGAGCGUUACGAAACCCAUCACGGUGUUACCAUCAUGGACGGUGCCAUUGUUGCAUCCGCUACCCUCGCAGCCCGCUACCUCACCCAACGUCGACUGCCCGAUUCUGCUGUCGACCUCAUCGAUGAAGCUGCGGCCGCCGUCCGUGUCACCCGAGAGUCACAACCUGAAGCGCUUGAUAAUCUUGAGCGACGCCACCGACAACUACAAAUCGAGAUCCACGCGCUUUCCCGAGAGAAGGAUGAGGCAUCACAAGUCCGUCUGAAGGAGGCGCGAGCCGAGGCGGCCAACAUCGAGGAAGAGUUGAAGCCGCUGCGUGAGAUGUACGAGCGCGAGAAGGGCCGCAGCAAGGACAUCCAAGAGCAGAAGCUUAAGCUCGAGGGCCUCAAGACGAAGCUUGCUGAAGCCGAGCGUAUGCGCGACAUUCAGACUGCUUCCGAUCUCAAGUACUACGCCAUUCCUGAUGUCGAGCAGCGCAUCAGCGAGCUGGAGCAUGACAAGGCCCGCGCGGAUGCUGAAAUGUGGGCCCACCAAGCAAGUGGAGGUGGUGAGGCUCUCAUGAGCGACUCUGUCGGUCCGGAUCAGAUUAAUGAGAUCGUCGCUCGCUGGACUGGUAUUCCAGUCACUCGACUCAAGACUACAGAGAAGGACAAGCUGCUCAACAUGGAGCGUCAUCUCCAAGAGGUUGUCGUUGGUCAGAGGGAGGCUGUCGUCUCUGUCUCCAAUGCCAUCCGACUCCAGCGCUCUGGUCUGGCCAACCCUAACCAACCGCCCAGCUUCUUGUUCUGUGGUCCCUCUGGUACUGGUAAGACGCUCCUUACAAAGGCUCUUGCAGAAUUCUUGUUCGACGAUGCAAAGGCCAUGAUCCGAUUCGACAUGUCUGAGUAUCAAGAGCGACACUCUCUUAGCAGAAUGAUCGGUGCACCACCUGGUUACGUCGGCCACGAUGCAGGAGGUCAACUUACUGAAGCUCUUCGUCGCAAACCCUUCUCUAUCCUCCUGUUCGAUGAAGUUGAGAAGGCUGCUAAGGAAGUGCUUACUGUCCUUCUCCAACUUAUGGAUGACGGUCGUAUCACCGACGGUCAAGGCAGAGUCGUCGAUGCAAAGAACUGCAUCGUCGUCAUGACCUCCAACUUGGGUGCUGAGCACCUGUCUCGCCCCAACGCACCCGACGGCAAGAUUGACCCCACCACCAAGGAGAUGGUCAUGGGUGCGUUGCGCAACUGGUUCCUCCCCGAGUUCCUGAACCGUAUCUCUUCCAUCGUCAUCUUCAACCGUCUUACCAAGCGCGAGAUCCGCAAGAUCGUUGACGUGAGGCUGGGCGAGAUUCAGAAGCGACUCAACCAGAACGGCCGCAACGUACGCAUCGAGAUGACACCAGAGGUACGGGAUUACCUUGGUUCGGCAGGUUACUCGCCAGCCUAUGGUGCCAGGCCGCUUGCACGACUCAUCGAGAAGGAGGUGCUCAACCGUCUCGCUGUGCUCAUUCUUCGCGGCUCUAUCAAGGAAGGCGAGACCGCUAGGGUCGUGCUAGAUGACGGACACAUCAUGGUACUACCCAACCACACUGACAGCGAGGAUGACUCAGAGAUGUACGAUGAGUCCGAUGCUGUGGCCGAACUGGAUGACGCUGAUGGCGAUAUGGACCUUUACGACUAG